AUGAGACCACCGCAACAUAACAAUGACGAUAAAGAACUUAUGUUAAAAUAUCGAAGUGGUUAUGAUCGCUUAAUUUCGCAAGAACAAAAAUUGGUACCAUUGCCUGAAAGUACAAACUUGGAACAUUUAUGCAAAUUAAAUAUUCGUGAACAGCCAUGUGUGGUUCGAAAAACUGGAAUAAUUUGUACUAUUGGACCAGCAUGCCGAAGCGUGGAGAAAUUGCAGGAAAUGAUUAUCAACGGAAUGAAUAUUGCCCGCAUGAAUUUCAGCCAUGGAUCAUAUGAAUACCACGCGGAAACAAUAGCAAAUGUUCGCUCAGCAGCACACAGUUUCAGCGAGCCACGGUUGGUUGCAAUUGCCCUCGAUACGAAAGGUCCAGAAAUACGUACCGGUCUGCUGAAGGGAGGUGCUACUGCAGAAGUAGAACUGGUGAAAGGAAAUCGGAUCCGAUUAACUACUGAUCCAUCCAUGGAAAACGCAGGAACUGCUCAGAACAUUUUCGUUGAUUAUAAGAACAUCACUAAAGUUCUGAGUGUUGGCUCACGAGUCUUUAUUGAUGACGGUCUUAUUUCAUUAAUCGUCAAUUCCAUCGAAAAUGAAGGUAUAUUGUGCACCGUUGAAAAUGGGGGUAUGUUAGGAAGCAGAAAGGGUGUCAAUUUGCCCGGUACACCUGUCGAUUUGCCAGCUGUGUCUGAAAAAGACAUCAAGGAUUUGCAGUUUGGUGUGGAGCAGAAAGUAGAUAUCGUUUUUGCUUCAUUUAUACGCAAUGGUAGAGGUGUCAGCAUGAUAAGGAAGGUGCUUGGUGAAAAAGGAAAAUACAUAAAAAUCAUAGCAAAGAUUGAAAAUCAAGAAGGUGUUGAUAAAGCCGAUGAAAUUAUUGAAGAAGCAGAUGGUGUUAUGGUUGCCCGCGGAGAUUUGGGUAUUGAAAUUCCACCUGAAAAAGUAUUUUUGGCCCAAAAAAUGUUGAUUGCUAAAUGUAACAAAGCGGGAAAACCGGUCAUCUGUGCUACCCAAAUGCUUGAAUCGAUGAUAAAAAAGCCGAGACCAACUCGUGCUGAAGGCAGUGACGUUGCAAACGCAGUUCUGGACGGAGCUGACUGUGUAAUGCUUAGUGGUGAAACUGCUAAAGGUGAAUACCCAUUAGAAGCUCUCAAAAUCAUGCAUCAGAUCUGCAAAGAAGCGGAAGCAGCGGUGUAUCAUACGCGAUUUUUCGAGGAACUUCUCCACGCAACCCCAAAACCGACGGAUAUCGCACAUACUGUUGCCAUUGCAGCAACAUCAGCUGCGGCGUCUUGUCAUGCCAGUGCAAUGAUUCUAGUUACUACUACCGGACGGUCUGCUGAUUUGGUAUCUCGUUAUCGGCCGAUGAUGCCUGUCUUUGCAAUAUGCCGGGAUGAGCAUGUCGCUCGACAGCUUCAUCUUUGGCGUGGUAUAUUUCCGCUUCAUUACGGAGCAAAUCGAGAAAGUGACUGGUCGAGCGAUGUCGAUGCCCGAAUUAAUUAUGGUAUUUCGGUUGGUAAGGACCGUGGUUUUAUCAAAAAGAACGACCUGGUGGUUGUCAUCACUGGAUGGAGACAAGGUGCUGGACACACGAACACGUUGCGUAUCAUCAAGGUACCUUAA